GCAGCGGCUGCCCAUGCGGCACACGUGCGGCUGGGCGGUCCGCAGGCCCGGGUGAGGCGGCUCCAUGGACUGCAAGGGGCUCUGCCUGUCCUUCUUCGACUACAAGACAGAAAAGUAUGUGGUGGCCAAGAACAAGAAGGUGGGCCUGCUCUACAGGCUGCUGCAGUUCGGCAUCCUGCUCUACCUGCUCCUGUGGGUGUUCCUGGUCAAGAAGGGCUACCAGGACGUGGACACCUCGCUGCACAGUUCUGUGGUCACCAAAGUCAAGGGCGUGGCCUACACCAAUACCUCGGAGCUCGGGGUGCGGCUCUGGGAUGUUGCCGACUACGUCAUUCCUCCCCAGGGAGAGAAUGUCUUCUUCAUCGUCACCAACCUGGUUGUGACCCCUCACCAGCAGCAGGGCGUCUGUGCUGAGAAUGAGCACGUUCCCGACGGCCGGUGUUCUCAGGACAGCGACUGCCCCGCGGGAGUGCCCGUGAAGGCUGGAAAUGGAGUGAAGACUGGCCGCUGCCUGCAGGCAGGGAACUCCAGCAGGGGCACCUGUGAGAUCUUCGCCUGGUGUCCGGUGGAGUCCAGGUCCAAGCCCAAGAAGCCGCUCCUGGGGGACGCCGAAGACUUCACCGUUUAUAUAAAGAACUUCAUUCGCUUCCCCAAAUUCAACUUCUCCAAGACGAAUGUGCUGGACACGAAGGACAAAACGCUGCUGAAGUCCUGUCACUUUGGCCCCAAGAACCCCUACUGCCCCAUCUUCCGCCUGGGGUCCGUGGUCCGCUGGGCUGGGAGCAGCUUCGAGGACAUAGCCCUGGAGGGUGGCGUGAUAGGCAUUCACAUCGAAUGGAACUGUGAUCUCGACAAACCGGCCUCCGAAUGCAACCCUCACUAUUCUUUUAGCCGUCUGGAUUACAGCUUUGAAAAGACCGUAUCGACUGGGUACAACUUCAGGUUUGCCAAAUACUACCGAGACGCCGCCGGGGUGGAGUUCCGCAUCCUGAUGAAAGCCUACGGCAUCCGCUUCGACGUGCUAGUGAACGGCAAGGCAGGGAAAUUCAACAUCAUCCCCACCGUCAUCAACCUGGCCUCUGGGGUGGCGCUCAUGGGUGCCGCGGCGUUCAUCUGUGACAUGGUACUCAUCUACAUCAUCAAAAAGAGCGAGUUCUACCGUGACAAGAAGUUUGAGAAAGUGAGGGGACGAGAGCAGUCAGCCUUGGGGACUGAAGACCAGACGGCCGGGUUGGAGGAGCUGCCCAAGACGGGGCUGGAGGAAGCUCCCCAGGCACCGCUGGGAAGCAGCUGUGACAGCGGCUUUAAGGGGAACGGCUGUGUGUGCCAGCAGCUGCUGGAGCCCACCAGCUCCAGGCCUGGCUCCCCGGAGAGUGUGAACGUGGAGCUGCCACAGAAUCCGGAGGCAAAGCAGACAUAGCCGCGGCCGUUGGCUGGGAGAGGACUCGGUGAAGAUGAAGACUUUGGGGCCGGAACCCUCACAGCUGUGAACUGGGGAGAGGACAUCUUGGUGCCUCCGGGGAACUGGGCUGGCCGGCACAGCCACGUCUCCUGCACCACAAGUGUUCUGGAGGCCCCUCGCGGCCACGGUGACCGAGAGCUGGGAAGGGGCGGCCCUGGAGCAGACGCCCAGGGAAUGGGGCCGCCUGGGGCCCUGUGUGCCACUGCAUAGGCUUCCUCUGUCCUGGGACCCCGGCUGGACAUUCAGUGGUGUGCACCUGCAGUGCGCCCUUGUUGACGAAUGAUGUGCGCUGGACCCUAUCCAAGGGACGCUUACAUGAACCACUGGCCUGGUCCCCAGGGAGGACAGCCCCUGGGGCUCCCGCCAGAGCCAGCAGGCAUCCAGCCACUCGCUGGUGGCUCAGAGAAAGGGGCAUUUGGCUCCGCCCUCGGGGAUACAAAGUGAAGGAGGCCCAGGAGGCGAGGCAAGCAGGAGGGCCAGGACGUGCCUCUCUCUCGGGUAAGAUGGGGAAGGGGAGGCUCUGGGCUGCCCCCCAGGGCUUGGUGCAAAGUGCGGAUAAGUUCAAGGUGGCGCGCACUCAACAGGUGUGACCGGUUGAUGGGGUGGGGGAUGGAGGCCCCACCUUCCCCUGCCCACUGUCAGCCCUGAAGCCUGGUAGAGGUGCAGCUCCCUGGGCCCCACCCUCGUGCGAAAUCAGUGCGGUGCUUCCACAAGUGCAUCUUAGUGUCCGGGAAGCCUGGUUCUGCGGGGUGCACAGGGCAGCCUUGGUGGUGGGGCCGGUUCUGGGUCAGACUGACACACCUGCUGCCUUGAGACCAAUAGCAUCCCUCCCUGCUCCCACCCGGAAGUGGCUUUAUGCUGAAUUUAUUGAAAUUAAAAUAUUUCAACCAGGUGGUUUUACUUACAAUGAUUCAAAAUUU